AUGUUCCUCGACGCGCUAUCCCUAGACUUCGUGUCGAUCCGCGCGGGGAUACCUAGCGAGAUACGGACCGCCGCUAUCAAGCAGUUCACGAAAGAGGUCUCCACUACCAAUGUCCUCGUAACGACCUACAACUACGGCGCGACAGGUCUCAAUAUGCACGUGAACUAUGGCCGGGUCGUGCUCAUAGAGCCUACGCUGAACUUCAACUCCCUGUUUCAGACCAUCGGUCGUAUCCACCGGCUAGGGCAGACCGCUCCGCAGCGGGCCUGGGUAGCCGCCCAGUUCCACGACCCCCUCUCUGAGCGCAUUGCCGCGCAGGCCGCGCACACCACGCAGACCCCGGCAGCCGCCCCACCGCAGCAGAGCACACAGACCCCGGCAGGCCCAGCGCAGCAACAUACCGCGCAGGGCCCGGCAGCUUCUCCUGCGCAGCAGACUGGCGGCACUGGUGGUGAUGGCACUGGUGGCACUUGUCGUGCGGAUCUAUGA